AUGCGCUCGCGCAGAUUCCCGAGCGCUGGGAAACAGCCUUCCCUGCGCACGCGCGAGCCACCCUCGCUCUGUCCCGGGGGUGAGAGCGAGGCGCGGUUGCCCCGCGCGAGGGGAAGCCGUAGCGGCGCGCUCGGAGGGAAGCGGAACCGGCGGCGGCCCAGGCUGGGGGAUGUUCGUGGCGCGCAGCAUCGCGGCCGAUCACCGCGACCUCAUCCACGAUGUCUCCUUCGACUUCCACGGGCGGCGCAUGGCGACCUGCUCCAGCGACCAGAGCGUCAAGUUAUACAGUUAUCUUUCUGCUUGGACACAGUGGAACAUUCUGGAUUUUUCUUUGAACAAAGUAGCCUUACAGUUUGGGACAAAAGUGAAAAUGGGGAUUGGCAUUGUACUGCCAGCUGGAAGACACACAGUGGGUCCGUAUGGCGUGUGACAUGGGCUCAUCCUGAGUUUGGACAGGUCCUGGCUUCCUGUUCUUUUGACAGAACUGCUGUAGUAUGGGAAGAAAUAGUGGGAGAGUCGAAUGAUAAACUUCGAGGGCAGAGUCACUGGGUAAAAAGGACCACUCUGGUAGACAGUAGGACAUCUGUUACAGAUGUGAAGUUUGCUCCCAAGCAUAUGGGUCUUAUGUUAGCAACCUGUUCGGCAGAUGGAGUAGUGAGGAUAUACGAAGCUCCUGAUGUUAUGAAUCUCAGUCAGUGGUCACUGCAGCAUGAAAUCUCAUGUAAGCUAAGCUGCAGUUGCAUUUCUUGGAAUCCAUCAAGCUCUCGAGCUCAUUCUCCGAUGAUAGCUGUAGGAAGUGAUGACAACAGUCCAAAUAUACUGGCUAAGGUUCAAAUUUAUGAAUACAAUGAAAACACCAGGUAAACUAAGGAAUAAACCAGUACAGUAGAAUUUCAGAGUUAUGAAUACCAGAGUUACGGACUGACCAGUCAACCACACAUGUUGUUUGGAACCAGAGGUACACAAUCAGGCAGC